UUCAUCUUCACCGUCGACAUCUCAUCGAGAUCCGGGAAUUAGUCUCCUCUGACCGUCGUCGUUGGACAGGAUUCCUUGUUUCCACACUUUCACUCAUCUUACUCAUGCUCUGACAAAAAAACAAAGAACAGACAGUGAGAAAAAAAGUGAGAUUUUCAAAGAUACAUUAGCACUCUUUUCCCCCACCCCCAUUCUUCUGAUCAUAAUACAAACAAACCCGAACGACUUCGGAGUGCUUGCUUUUAGUUUUAACGAUAGUGAUGGACGAGAGGCCGGAGACAGAGCUGAUAUCGAUACCGGCAACGCCGAGGGUAUCUACACCGGAAACUCAGACACCUUCUGGCCAGAGAUCGCCCAGAAACGCCGCGGCUGGGAAGGAAACGAGGUCAUGGACGCCUACAUCUUUCAUCUCGCCGCGAUUCCUCAGCCCGAUUGGAACGCCGAUGAAGAGGGUUUUAGUAAACAUGAAAGGGUAUCUCGAGGAAGUUGGUCACCUCACUAAAUUGAACCCACAAGACGCGUGGCUUCCGAUUACUGAGUCUCGGAAUGGAAACGCUCACUAUGCCGCGUUUCACAAUCUCAACGCCGGCGUCGGAUUUCAGGCAUUGCUCCUGCCUGUUGCUUUCUCUUUCCUUGGCUGGAGUUGGGGAAUACUUUCAUUAAUGAUAGCUUAUCUGUGGCAACUUUACACGUUAUGGAUUCUGGUUCAAUUACAUGAAGCUGUUCCUGGGAAAAGAUACAACAGAUAUGUAGAGCUUGCACAAGCCGCAUUUGGAGAAAGAUUGGGUGUCUGGCUUGCUCUGUUCCCUACUGUUUACUUAUCAGCUGGAACCGCGACAGCUUUGAUUCUCAUCGGUGGGGAAACAAUGAAACUCUUUUUUCAAAUAGUUUGCGGACCACUCUGUUCAUCAAAUCCUCUGACGACAGUCGAGUGGUACUUAGUGUUCACGUCUCUUUGUAUAGUCUUGUCCCAACUCCCGAAUCUCAAUUCCAUAGCCGGGUUGUCUCUUGUCGGAGCUAUAACGGCCAUUACUUACUCCACUAUGGUUUGGAUUCUAUCUGUCAGCCAUCCGAGGCCACCUUCAAUCUCUUACGAACCCGCUUCAUUGCAUUCUUCUGCUGCCACUGUCUUCUCUGUUAUGAACGCCUUAGGUAUAGUCGCGUUUGCUUUCAGAGGACAUAAUCUUGUGAUGGAGAUUCAGGCGACGAUGCCGUCGACAUUCAAGCAUCCAGCUCACGUACCUAUGUGGAAAGGAGCAAAAGUAGCUUAUUUCUUCAUCGCGUUGUGCUUGUUUCCUGUUGCAAUAGGAGGGUUCUGGGCUUAUGGUAACCAAAUGCCUUCGGGUGGGAUUCUGAACGCUCUGUUUGCGUUCCAUAGUCACGACAUUUCAAGAGGGCUUCUUGCGAUGACGUUUCUGUUAGUGGUGUUCAAUUGCCUGAGCAGCUUUCAGAUAUACUCAAUGCCUGUUUUCGACAGCUUUGAAGCGAGCUACACAAGCCGAACAAACAGGCCUUGUUCGAUCUGGGUGAGGUCCGGGUUCAGAGUGUUCUAUGGAUUCAUAUCGUUCUUCAUUGGGGUGGCAUUACCUUUCUUGUCUAGCUUAGCGGGUUUGCUUGGAGGGUUGACGCUUCCGGUUACGUUUGCUUAUCCUUGCUUCAUGUGGGUUCUUUUAAAGAAACCAAUAAAGUAUAGCUUUAAUUGGUAUCUGAAUUGGAUUCUGGGUUGGCUAGGGGUUGCUUUUAGUUUGGCCUUUUCAAUUGGAGGAAUAUGGAGUAUGGUUAAUGAAGGGAUCAAACUCAAAUUCUUCAAGCCAAACUAACUUAAACCUUAUUCUCUAUGAAACAAGAGUCUUGUCUUGUCUUGUUGUGUGUAUUAUUAUUUAUUAGCAGCAAUUUCAAUAUUUGUUGUGCUAUAUAUGAGUGAGUACUUGUAUGCAUCUUUUUUUCCUUAUGUAUUAUUAUUGCAUGCAUAUGAAUUAUAUUCAUGGGUUUUGUUUC